CAUUUUGACCCAUAACAAUCUGCUAUUUUUUCUCGAAUUAUACGACGUGCAUUUUACUCGCCUCCGACCUCGGAGAAGAAAUCACGGCGCGACAAUGUCGACUCGAUGCAGCAUCCGCGCCAUUUGGAUCGUCAACUCGCAGGACGCCAUCGUCUUUUCCAGGAGAUUCCCGACGGUGGAGAAGAAAUGGCGUUCGGCUUGUGCUAGAGAGGUUGAUAGUUUGCAGAAUAAUGGAUACAACUUUCAGCAUAUGCUUCCGUCAGAUCUUGAAUUUGCUUCCGCCUUUUCAGAUAGGAAGAGGAGGGAAGGUUCUGCUCAAGGUUUUGGCAUCCGACUGCCACAGUCAACUCGAGGAUCUGAUUCUUGGGUUGAUGAUCCAAUCACUCGUCACAUAAUAUCACUUUCUAUCACUGGAAAAGAUGGCGAGACUGAGUCUUUGGUGUGGCCAUUAAUUCUGCAUGUAAAGGGAGGGUACUAUAUUAUCAUUUUACCUCUGGUUUUGCCUCAACAACUUAAAUUAUAUGAGAAAUUGCAUGGAAGAGCUGAUUGUGGAAGUUCGGGAUUGGAGGAGAACAACCUUUCUGCCCUUCUAUUCAAUCUUCCAUGUAUUACAGGGGCAGUUAUGGUUGCACACACUAUAGGGGACAUAAUUACUGGCGACUUUUUAGAUACUGAAGUCAUUAGUUCAUCUUCCUCCGUAGGAGGUUUGUUGGACUCAAUUACAGGUAGUAUAGGCAUAUCAGGGAUUUCAGCUAGGGCAAAACCUAUUGCAGCACCUGCUACUGCUUCAAGUACUUUAGGUGCUUCUGCUGUUAGUGUAGCAACAGAUGGCUCCAGAAACACUUCCAGACCAAUAGACAAAGAUGCACUGUACACUUUUAUCAGUAGUUCGAUACCCUUUGGUACGCCUCUUGACCUAAACUUCUCAAAUGUUUCUGCAAUCAAAACCCAAGGGUUUUCUUCUUCCGAACUACCACCUAUAGAACUCAAGCAACCUACCUGGAAGCCAUAUUUAUACAAAGGAAAACAGCGAAUAUUGUUCACAAUUCAUGAGACUAUAAAUGCAGCAAUGUAUGAUCGUGAAGAAAUAUCAGAUUCUGUUUCAAUUUCAGGGCAAGUAAACUGCAGAGCAGACUUAGAAGGACUGCCUGAUGUCUCAUUGCCUCUAAGUGGACUGAAGAAUGCUAGGGUUGAAAUAUUAUCAUUUCACCAUUGUGUUCAGGCAUCAGGGCAUGGAGAUGAUAAGCAAUCUAUAAUGUUUUCUCCACCAGUUGGGAAUUUUGCUUUGAUGUAUUAUCAGGGUUUAUGUGUUUCUGAUCCACCAGUGAAAGGUUUCUAUCAGUUAUCAAUGGUUUCAGAAGAUGAAGGUGCAUUUUUGUUCAAGUUGCGUUUGAUGGAGGGCUACAGAGCUCCCUUCUCUAUGGAGUUUUGUACUGUUCUCAUGCCUUUUCCUCAUAGGAGGGUAGCAUCAUUUGAUGGAAACCCUUCUACUGGAACAGUUUCAAUGACUGAGCAUUUCAUGGAAUGGAAAAUUGUUACAACUGGGCGUGGUAUAACUGGUAGAAGCAUUGAGGUGACAUUUUCUGGAACGAUCAAAUUUCAUCCAAGGACAACGCAAAGAGGCUUUUCGCUUCCUAGGUUUUCUAGGGAUAUAAUUGAGGAAGAUAGUGACAUCGAGGAAGACGCCUACAACAAUGCUCUAAAUAUGGAGGAAAAUUUAAUGGAAAAAAUGAGUAAGGAACUUGAGUCAGUUGAUCUGGAAGAACCUUUUUGUUGGGAAGCAUACAAUUAUGCAAAAGUAUCAUUUAAGAUUCUCGGAGGCACACUGUCUGAAAUGUCAAUAGAUUCAAAAUCUGUAAGCAUUUAUCCAGCUGUGAAAGCGCCAAUUGAGCUCUCUAUGCAGGCUUCCUCUGGAGACUACAUACUGUGGAACACUUUAGGAAGAUGUCCUUCAGCUAUUUCACCCAAAGUUCAAUGAUGCUUCCCAUAAAACUCGGAUGUACAUGAGUCAAACCCUAUAGCAGUGUGCUAUGGAUAUCAUGUGCUUAGAUUUGGUGUAUCAAAUAUUGCUUGAUAGUUUCUUGCUUUGAAAUACUUUUGAAGAAUUUUCAUCCCAAAAGCUAGCAUGAUCUUUCUUGAAUUGAAAUACUUUGAAGUGUUAGUUUUCA